AAAAAUUUUUAGAAAGUAGCACGAUAUAAUUACUGUUUUACUCGCUCGUAGAAUAUUUCAUUUUAAACGGUCUCACUAAUGUUGUGGAUUUUCGUAGCUUAUACGUACUGCACUGUUGGCCGAAUAAUUUUUUUUUCUCGAAUUCUUUGCACACGUGCUCAUGCUCGUUAAAUUAACAUAUGUAACUAUUUUUUAAACCGCAAUGUAUUUUUAUUUGUAACAAUACAUUUUUUACACGGGUUGGCUUCAGUUGAAAUUCAUGGCCACUGAGAUUCGAAACCGGGCUCUUAUUGUAAUGAGUCACCGCGUCAAUUUACGUCAAAUAGAGAAUUAUUAGACGUCCCUACAUCAGGAGAUAAUCCCACAUGUCAAAUUGGACUAACAAGUAAUAAUAUGCGUUUUCUCGUGUUACUCAUCGGGACGGCCGUGGCCCUGGACAACGGCCUAGUCAGGACACCACCAAUGGGUUGGCUCGCUUGGGAAAGAUUCCGAUGCAACACCGACUGCAAAAAUGACCCAGACAAUUGUAUCAGCGAUCGACUGUUUCGGACCAUGGCGGACAUAGUCGUCUCGGAAGGGUACGCCGCUCUCGGCUACGAAUACAUCAACAUCGACGACUGCUGGCUGGACAAGGAGAGAUCUUACACAGGACAACUGCAGCCGGAUCCAGUCCGAUUCCCAUACGGGAUAAAAGACCUUGCCAACUAUAUACAUUCUAAAGGCUUGAAAUUCGGGAUUUAUGAAGAUUACGGAAACUACACUUGCGCCGGGUACCCAGGAAUUUUGGGAUCUUUGGAAACGGACGCAUUGACCUUCGCUUCUUGGGACGUCGACUAUGUCAAGCUCGAUGGAUGCUACUCCCAUCCACGUGACAUGGAUAUAGGCUACCCAGAAUUUGGAUACUACUUAAACCGAACAGGAAGACCGAUGGUUUACUCUUGUAGUUGGCCCGUCUAUCAGAUUUAUGCUGGAAUUCAGCCAAAUUUUUCUUCAAUUAUUGACAACUGCAAUUUGUGGAGAAAUUUUGAUGACAUUCAAGAUUCUUGGUCAAGUUUGGAGAGUAUAAUUGAUUAUUACGGAAACAAUCAGGACACCAUUGUUCCAAAUGCUGGUCCAGGGCACUGGAAUGAUCCUGAUAUGUUAAUCAUCGGAAAUUUUGGCCUAAGUUAUGAACAAAGCAAAACGCAAAUGGCAAUUUGGGCAAUUCUAGCAGCUCCAUUAUUGAUGUCAGUUGAUCUAAGGUCUAUAAGACCAGAAUACAAAGCAAUUUUGCAAAACAGAAAAAUUAUUGCCGUGGACCAGGACCCCUUAGGAAUACAAGGGCGCAGGAUCUAUAAGCAUAAAGGCAUCGAAAUUUGGGCAAGACCGAUAAGCCCUCUCUAUCAAAAUUACUUUUCUUACGCUAUCGCUUUUUUGAAUCGGCGAACUGAUGGCACCCCAUCAGAUGUAGCAGUCACACUUCAAGAAAUGGGGCUUAUAGCUCCUAGAGGGUACAGAAUAGAAGAUCUUUAUGAAGAUGUAGACUAUGGAAUUUUAACACCACAAACAAAAAUAAAAGUAAAAGUUAAUCCCUCUGGUGUUGUCAUUCUCCGAGCAAAUGUACAGCCCCUUUACACUCAAACAACACAGUAUGAUCCUUUUAGGAUUUAUACACCCGUUGACCGUAAUAACUACAAAAAAUAAAAAAAAUGUGUGCUACCUUCAAGAAAACAUGUGGAACUUUCUUCAAAUGGUGCUGAAUAUAACAUUAUUUUGUAAUAUUGGAAUCGUCUUGAAUUUUAAAAAUUUUAUUUUACUUAUGCAUUAAUUAAUAGAAUAAAUAAAAAUAUAUCUAACUGCAAAUCUAUGAAGUGGGAUGAAUGAAUUGGCAUAUAAUAUUUGCAAAGUUAUCAAAUUAUCAAUCAUUAUAUAAUCAUGGACAUAAUAUACUAAAUAAUGUGUUAUCUGCUGAUCUGCAGUGAAUUAAUUUUUUAACUUUGUUUUAUUUAAUGCUUGUAGUCAUGAAUUUGAUAUCUUUCUGUUUUAUUUAAAGUUAUUUAUGUUUCAUAUGAUUAUUACCAGAAGUUAAAUAUUUUGCAUAAGAAUGAGUGAUCUUUCAAUUGUAUAAAUAUAGAAAAUACUGAUUAUAAUUUAAUUUAGUGUGUUAAUAUGUAAUCACUAUGAUGACUAUCAUAAUUCAAAUUAUUUGGGUAAUUUGUUUUAUAAAUAUUUUUUGUUUAAGCCAUAAGUUUAUAUUUCACAUACGUACAUUUUUGCUCUAACCCAUUUUAAAAAAAAUUGUAUUAAAGGAUAUCCACAUUGUCUGUAUAUAUAUUAUGUUCCUAUUUUGUUUAUUUAGACAAUUGCAUUAACUUAGCAGUACCGUGAAACAAUUAUGGUAAAAAUGCAACAUAAAACUGCUUCCAUUGAAACUGUCUCUGACAAUAAUUCUAACCAAUAAUUAUGAUAGCUGUUUUCGAUCAUAACAACACAUUAAACUUUAAAUAAUUGUUUAUUUAAUUAAUAUUUAACACGUUAAUAAGGAUUCAAACGGUAAAUAUUUUUACUGUUUCCUUGUUUAUUGCUCACAGAAUUAAGUUCUAACACUUAAAUCAUUCCAAUUGUACAAUAGGAUAUAUAGAACACUGUUUAUUAUGAACAGUGAGAAAAUAAUUUGCCAUUAAAUAUGUUUUGUUUGUUUGUAUUUAGCUAUUAUUUUUUGUAGCUUAAUUUUCUGUCAGUUAGGCCUUAUUAAAAAAAUGAUUUAAAUAUUUAUAUAGAUAUGUAAUUUUAUGAGGAUAAAGAUAAAAUAAACGAUUGUAAUUAAAAACAAAAUGUGGUAUUUAAUUUAAGAUUAAAUUGUACAUUUUCAUGUAAAUGUAAAUACGCUACUGUAAUGUUAGGAGAGUUUGUUAUAGUUUAUACAAUGCACAAUAUACAUAACUUUCUGUUUAUGAUCUGAACAUGCUGCUUUUACUGUGGCCACUUCUCUGGUAAAUUUUGUAUAAAUAAAUUUCUUAAUUCAA